UCGUGUUUGCUAGCGUCAACAAGUAUGGCAGAUCAGUACCCGAAAGCAAGUCAGACGCAAUCAAAGGGAGCAGAAGAAGAAGCUCAAGGUUGUGGGAUAUUUGAUUUCUUGAAGAAGAAGGACAGUGAAGAGAAACCCCACCAGGAGCAAGAGCAGCACAAGCACACUACUCUAGCUGAAAAGCUCCACCACCAUGGCGGUGACUCUAGCUCGUCUAGCAGUGACGGAGAAGGUGGAGAGAAUAAAAAGAAGGGACUUAAGGGUAAGAUCAAGGAGAAGGUAUCAGGCAACAAGGAAGAGGGAGAUGCUUACCAUGCAUCCGUUCCAGCAAAGAAGGGACACAGUGGUGAGAAGGGAUUUGUAGAGAAAAUUAAAGACAAGCUUCCAGGACAGCACAAGGAGGCCGAAAAUGUUGCUGAGGAGAAAGGAUUUGUAGAGAAAAUCAAGGACAAGCUUCCGGGACAGCACAAAGUGGCUGAACACGGUGCUAGGGAGAAGGGAUUCGUCGAGAAGAUCAAAGAAAAGCUUCCGGGACAGCACAAGGAGGCUGGACAUGGCGCUCAUGCGGAGUAUCACGCUCCGGAUGGGCAUUCCCACGACAGCGAGCCAAAGAAAGGGGUCUUGGAAAAGAUUAAGGACAAGCUACCUGGAGGUCACAAGAAAGAAGAGGAGAAGCACAAGGAGUAUUAG